GAGUGACACGCCAUUCAAUAGCAGUCUGGCCCUGUGCAUGUCGAAAGCCGAAAGCUCUCCGAGCAGCAGAAUAUCAUACUAUCUGGUAAAAAAGAAAAGAAAGAGACCACAUCUGGUGGCAAAAGUCUCUCCAACUGUCUCGACAUGGGGAUUCGAAAAAAGACUAACAAAAACCCGCCGGUGUUUAGUCAUGAGUUUGUCAUCCAGAACCAUGCAGAUAUUGUUUCCUGUGUUGCUAUGGUGUUCCUCCUCGGGCUGAUGUUUGAGGUCACCUCAAAGUUUGCAGUAUUAUUCAUUACUGUCCAGUACAAUGUGACCACCUCAACAAAUGAAGCCCCAGAGGAGACGGCUGGGAACAAAUUCCACCAUGGCAUCAAGGACUUGGCUACUAUUUUCUUCUACAUGCUGGUGGCCAUCAUCAUGCAUGCCAUCAUCCAGGAGUAUGUGCUGGAUAAACUCAACAGGAAGAAGCACUUCUCCAAAACCAAGCACAGCAAGUUUAAUGAGUCGGGUCAGCUGAGCGCUUUCUACUUAUUCUCCUUCGGUUGGGGCACAAGCAUCCUGCUUUCUGAAAACCUCCUGUCCAGUCCGGUCAGCCUGUGGGAGAAUUAUCCUCAUACACAGAUGCUAUUCCAGAUGAAAUUCUACUACAUCUGUCAGCUGGGCUAUUGGCUACAUGCACUUCCAGAACUGUAUUUCCAAAAAACAAAGAAAGAGGAUAUUCCACGCCAGCUUGUGUACAUCUUCCUGUACCUGGGACACAUCGCUGGCGCCUACAUUCUGAAUCUGAAUCGUCUGGGUUUGGUCCUGCUGGUGUUGCACUACUUUGUCGAGCUCCUGUUCCACUUUUCCCGCCUCAUCUACUUCAGCAACGAGAACAGACAAAUGGGUUUUACCAUAUGGGCUGUCUUGUUUGUCCUUGGGCGGUUGCUCACCCUGUCCUUGUCUGUCCUCACCGUGGGCUUUGGCCUCUCCACAACUGAGAAUCAAGGGUUUGAUUUGGCUGCUGGGAACUUUAAUGUUCCCUUUGUUCGGGUAACUGUCCUGGCUGCCAUCUGCUUCACACAGGCCUUCAUGAUGUGGAAGUUUAUCAACUUUCAGUUGCGCCGAUGGAGAGAGCAUGCCCAGGCUCAGACCAUGAAAAAGAAACAAGCUCCUCCUAAGAGCAAAUCAAAGAAAGACAAAGCCAAUGGUGUAAAUGGAAUGAACUCCCAUGGAGCUGAUUCACCAAGAGCAAGAAAAGAGAAGUCUUCAUAAAAAAAUGAAAGACAUUCCCCUCAGCCUUCCAUACCCCCCUUACCUUAAAAAAACAAAAAAAACAAAAACAUGUCUCCCAGGCUUUCGAGGCUGUGUCCAGCUCCUUGACCUUGAUGCGUUUCCACCUCUCACGCAGGACUGACAUCCUGGCUGGACUUCCAAGAGCCGUUUAGCUUUGCUUGCCGCCAGUCGUCCAGCACACCUUCAAUUCCCAAUCUCUACCUUACCGUUCCAUUAUGAAUGAAACGAAAACAAAUGCAGAAAUAAACUGAUAUAAAGAAAAAAAAAACUUAUUUAAGAAGUGCCUAUUGCUACAGAUUGUUUUGUACAGAGUGUAAUUUUUAGAUUUCAGAAAUGAUCACAUCAGUGUUUUUUCUCCCACAUCAGGUCAUCUGACGCUUUGAAACAGCAUCUAUUCCAUUUAUUUUCCUUUUAUUUAUAACAGUAAGCUCUGCUCCUCCUCUUUGCUGCUGCCUCCUGUCCUUCUCUUGAAGGAUUUUUCCAGACAUAAUGUAGAGUUAACUUUUCUUUGUAAUGUUUGUAUCUUUCCAUGAGUGGGUGUUGUGUAAAGUCUUACAAUGUCCAUUCUUAAAAGAUGCUUUUGCUCAUGUCACUGACACAAAGUCGAUGCAGAUCUAUUGAUAGAAAGUAAAGUAUAUUACAACAUUUUCAGUCAGCUCAUGGGUAAGCUGAGCAUAAAUAAAAGCCACCAGGAAGAUUUCAUGCUGCAAGUACAUACAUAGUUCAGUACUGUUCAGAACUGCCAGCGAAGAUGCAUAAAAAUGAUGUAGCAUUUGAUUAUUGGGAGUUGAAAACAGCUUUGAUAUCACAGAACUUAUUUCUUGCCAUGAAUUUCUAUAGAAUUUAUACAGUUGUAUCUAUAAUGCUGUCAAUGACACCUUGUGCUUUAGUUUUUAAUUCUAUAACUUUGUAUGAGAUGGAAAUAUCAGGCAAAACAUCCCUUUAGCGAAGGACUGAAUGUCUGUCUUGUGUAGUCUGGCCUCUUUACAGUGUCUAAGUGGAAUGGUUUUACUGUAUUUGUUUGGUCUUGAAAUUACCUUUUAGGUUAAAAAAAAAAAAAGAUAAUGACAUGUAAAAGCAUGGAUUGCGAAUGAAAACUUUUGUUUUAAGUCUCCCACCCAAACCCCCUACUGAUUGUGCCAAAAGAGUCAGAUUGACUGUUGCUAACCAUAAGCCUUUUACUUACAUACUGUCCCAUAAACCUAUGGAGUGCAGUUAAUACCAACUUGUUCUAACGAAUAAACACAUAAAAGUAGUUUUAAGCACACAGUAGUGGGUUUCUCAUCUUGUCCUGAGGGUCUUUUUCUCUGUAAAAAAAAAUAAAAGAAAAAUGUUCUGGUACAAAAUU